CCAUCCGUUAUUUGUAUUUCUAUGAGGACAUCAGAGAGAAAAAAGCUUACUUUGAAGUAAACAGAUAUUCUCCGCUUGUCGAUGACAAUCAACUUCUUUCACAUGCAAUAGUCAUCUAUAUUUUAAGAGCGGCCAUAAGCUGAGAAACACUUGGCAAGAGCAAACUGGUAAAUGUAUUGACAGUGCUGGCAUGCUUGCUCUGUUAACGACAACGGCAAAGCGCAGAUAGUGCACUCACUAAAUUGUGCGCUCAGAAGCACAUUCUCGUGCACAUCUGGGCGUGUAUACGAUAUUUGCUCGAAAUUGUACGCGUUCUGUUAUUUACUGCAUUUCUGCCGAUGCAGAGGCUAACAGUAUGUAAAGGAGGCCUAAACCGAACUACUCUGUCAAUAAAUGAAGCCUUGCAGCAUACGGGCUGCUUGUUUAGGGUGCUCAAACAGGGAGGAUAUCAUGGACCCGAACGAGAAGAGGCCCAACAAGUGGUGGACUGAACCUGACACGUUUGCCAUGUUGGCACUCAUAGAGCAGAUGGGUUUAGUCCAUGAGCUGGACAAGAAGCGCCAGCGCAACGAAUCCCUCUUCCGUCAUCUCCGGCUCAGUCUGGCCAAGAGGGGCAUCCACUUCACCGUCACCCAAAUCCGAAACCGCUGGAAAAGCCUCAAACACAAGUACCGCAAGAUAAAACUGGCCAGCUACCGGAGUCCCGCUGCACGCCUUUCUGCUAUAGAGUCAUUCCGUUAUUUCCAUAUGCUGGAUAACAUGUUGGUGCGUAAACCGAAGGCAGGAAACAAGGAGGAGGACCUCACUGAUGGUCAUAGCUUGGUUGGACGGACACUCGUGGACCUGGAUGACAACACAGACAGUCCUUGGCCUGAAGGCCUAGUCCCUAAAUCUGAGCCUGAGAACUUUACUGCUAAACUGGAACUUGAUGUUGAUGAGAGUAUUGAUCCAGAAGAUGUGGCUAGCUCUGAGCCUCAGAGUUGGGACGUAGGACCAGAUGAGGUCAUGACUCUGGGUUUGUCGGGAGAAUAUCUCUAUGCAGUGAAGACCGAACAGACAUCCCUAUGCAAUCCCAAAAGCACUAAAAGUACAAGAGAGACUGCUGACUGCAGUCAAGAUAAUUUCCCAGGAACGUCUGAGGAGACCAGCAGCCUCAUCCUCCAGCAGCUCACCAUUCUGAACCACCGCCUUGGAGAACAGCUGGCUGAGCAGAAAGCCUUUCAUUGCAGCAUGCUGGGAAUGAUGGAUCGCCAAAUACAAGUCCUGGAACAACUUUCCAAUUUCACCAGGAACCACCAACCCAAGCCUGAAUCCACAGAGAUGGACUCCUCCAUUAGUCAGAAGGUCAACGAAGCCCUGCUGCGCAUCCUGGAGGCUCAGACAAAGACUCUUCAGCCAUGCUCCCUGUUCCCCAAGACAGAACUUACUCCCCCUUGGAAGGUCUCUCACUUGGAAGUCCACAAGAGUUCACCACCCAUUGUGGGAGAGUCAGACAGUGAGACUGAUACCUCUCAAACCAUGGAGGGACACAAAGACAGCCCUUCUAAUCCACCUUCUUUAGAACCUUCAUCCUCAACCAAGACUGCUAUUUUGCAGAAUGGGUUAUGUAAUCACAAUUGAAUCCUUAUUUGAACAUAGUAACACAAGCCUUUUGUCCUUUAGACCCUGUUUACACCUGGUAUUAAUGUCCAUCUCAGGUGAUCUGAAUACAAGUGGACAGCUCUAAACAUUGGAAUUAAAUUACAUAAAUUGCAAACUUAAAUUAAUACAGUUAAAUAUAGCCAUUGUCAUAAGAAUUCCACCCAAAAAAUUAUGGUGAGAUUAUUAUUCAGAAGGCCUCCCCUUGACGCAAUCCAUUCAGUAGUUAUCACAAGAGAUACACGUUACCAGGUGGAAACAAUGUUUCAGGAGGUUGUUUGUCUAAAGAUGCAAUAUCUGAAACACAACCAAAUGCAUUGAGUUUGUCAGACUUUUGACAUCUACCAGUGACACUUUUUGGUUUUCAUUAGAAUGUAUCUAGUUCUCUGAUGUUUUAAUCAGUGUCAGUUUUGAGAAACAGAAUAACAGACUAUAAUAUUAUUUAUUAACUUUUGAUUUCUUCGAUUUCAACAGUUGAUGUGAAUCUUAGAUUACAAGUAAUUUAGACUGAUGUUAAGAAAUUGUAGUAUCUGGAAAAAAUAUUGGUCAUUGGUAACCAAGCUCAAAGUAAUACAUUUGCAUUAAAUUUAGGAAUUUCUUAUUAGGUUCAGGCUUAACUUUAAGGCUGAUUUUAACAAGAGAGUGUAUGUUCUCGUGAAUUUCAUCCUUUUAAUCUCAACUCAAAUGUAGUCCAGUACAAACUGAUAAGUCUGUACAUUUUUAAGAAUUGCUUGCCUCUUAUUAUAAAGUCAUAUUUCACUGACUUUUGGCAUAAUAUUAUUCAUAUUCUCUUCAUCUUUAAAAGUUGGUUAGACCAGGAAUGGUUAAACCACGGGGUUAGAUCCAGCAGCAAACACUACCUUCUCCUUUCAAGCGACAUCCACCAAACUUGGCAAACUUCAGACUUUUCUGGAAUAGUAUGCUAUGUCUUUGCUAACUGAUCAGACUUAUGGUUUUUGCACAGUGGACAAUGAAAAAUCUUAAAUAUUCCAUAGACUUCAAUUGACAGACAUUUCAAAGGGGUCAGUAGAAUGUUUGUUUAUUUAAACUCCAACUGUCAAAAAAUCAAAUUUGAACAAACCCACAAAAGGCCUUUAACCUGCUUUAAAAUCCUCCCAUCCUCUGUCUUAUCGGACUAUGUGGCAGUCUGACUAGAUUAGUUUGACUUAAUGUCUGUAUAACCAAACUUCACAAUUUUUAUACUAGUUUAAUCUUUCAGUCAAGGCUUUGUCAAGCCAACAUCAAACUUUACCCACCUAGUUUAGCUUGCUAUCACUCAGCUACUUUCGCACUUCUUUUCAACCAUAGUUUUUUC